AUGGAAGAAAGCAAAUCCUUUUUGGAAAAAGAAGAAGACUUGGUGGCUGAAGAUGAAGACAUUUCGUUCCUCUGCCGCUAUCGGCGGCAGUUCCAGAGCCUGGCGGCCGAAAUGGAACACCUCCGAUCUUCGAAUUUUCGCAGAAAAAAAGAAGAACUGAAACUCAUUUCGGAAUUAAAUGCAUUAAAACGCAAAAUAAAUGAAGAUGGAGUUCAAAAACAAGCUGCUUCCGCGUUUGCUGCUCAGCAGCACGAGGCCGCCGCCAGCAACUGGCGCCGCGACAGCGAACAGCAGCAGCGGGAAAUCGCCGAGUUGCGGGCCGUCUGCGGGGCCCUCAAGCAGGCGCUCGAAGCCGCGCAGCAGCAGCUCGCAGCAGCAGAAAUUCAAGUCUUUUCUUUGAAACAAGAAAAAGAAGAUUUCAAAAUUAAAGAAGACAGAGAGAAAGUGGCAGCAGAAAUGAUGCAGCAAAUAGCCCAGGGCCAGGCCAGCCUCGCGGAGCAGUGUCGAGGCUUGAAGAAGGCGCUGCAGCAAUUGAAGACGGAGAGAGAAACUGCUGCUGCGGAAAGAGAAGAAAUGCGCAGCCGCGUGGAGCUGCUGCAGCAAGCAGCAGAUAACUUCGCAGCAGCAAAGGCGCAGCAGCAGCAAUCUCUGCAGCUCAAGGAGGCCGAGAUCUGCAGAUUGGAAGCAGAAGUGAAACUCAAAGAACAAGCUGUACGUACAGCCCAAGAGCAAGCCGCGCAGCUGCGGGCGGCGCUGGCGGCGGCGGCGGCGGCGAAGUUGAAGUUGGAACGUGGCUGCGGCGCAAACGAGCCAGAUGCAGCUGUCACAGACAAACAGCAGCAGCAAAAGGAAGCAAGUGCCAACAGCAGCACCGAAAACGCAGACGGCAGCAGCGAUGACCCACAAACAUGCAGCAGCAGCAGCAACAAUAACAGCAAUCCCGAAGACAGCAGCAGCAGCAGCAGCAGGAUGAACAAGCCCUGGAUAGGGUCUAGCAGAGAAGACAAAGAAGCUGCAACGCCAGCAGCAACACUUAAUGCUGAUGAAAAGCUUUUCAAAUUAUGCAAAUUGAACUCGGCGGCAGCUGGACUGCAGCACAAGUCUGAGUUACGUAAAGAAAUGCUGCAAACGGCAGCAGCAGCAGCAACAGCAGCAGCACAAGCAAAGGGAGCAGCAACAGCAGCAGCAGCAAUGAAUGAAAGCGUCUCUUCUUCCUUUGAAAGUAUUGAGUGUUGGGAAGAAAAAGCAAACUUUGCAGUUAACAAAUUGUCGGCUGCAGAUGUCCUAGCAGUGGACCAAACCACUUGCCACCCAAUGCAGCAGCAGCAACAAUAUGCGCAGCAGCAGCAGCAGCAGCAGCAGCAGCAGCUAGAGCCCGCGGCGAGAACGUCUGGGAGUGGGAACGAGCAGGAAAAAGAGGAAGAGGAGACGCAAAGAGAGGCAGAAAAGGGCAGCAGCAGCAGCAGCAAAGCCAACAGCAGCAGCAGCAGCAGCAGCAGCAAAUCAAAGGAGGUCGAAGAAGAAGAGGAAGACAAAACAGAAGCAGCUAACUAUAAAGAAGCAGCUGAGCGAGAAGAAGCAGCAGCAGGAGAGGCAACAGACACCUCGGACCCACAGCAGCGCAGCAGCAGGGCACACAAGGCGAGACAUGAAGCAGCAGCAGCAGAAGCAGCAGCAGCUGCUGCUGCAGCAGGAGAAGCAGCAGAAGCAGCAGCAGAAGCAGCAGCAGCAAAGGAGAAGGAAGCGAAAAGAAGAAAGUGCUGCAGAGACACCGCAAGGGAGAGUCAAGUCUGGGGAGGAGCAGCGCCGCAGCUCGAAGAAGAAAGCAAAACGCAAGAAGACCUGCUGCUGCAACACCAGCAGCAGCAGCAGCAGCAGCAGCAGCAGCAUGGGGGGGAGGCGGCAUUUUUGCCUUCUUCUUUGGACAUAUCUGGCGACUAUUUGCUGAACAUGAUUGACAUUUAA